UUCCACAGAAGAAGAAGAAGAAGAAGAAAAAAAAAACGUCCUCUACGUGUGGCUCUCUCUCUCUGUCACUGCGAGGCCCAACAGCUCAGUGCAAGGGUGGCAUUUCGCAUAAUACUCGUAGAUCAGGAUUAUGGCUAGCACAGCGUGUUUUAUCAUUGUCAGCAGAAAUGAUAUUCCUAUAUAUGAAGCUGAAGUCGGCUCUGCGGUGAAAAAAGAAGAUGCUGCACAGCAGCACCAGUUCAUAUUACAUGCAGCAUUGGAUGUUGUCCAGGAUCUGGCAUGGACAACAAGUGCUAUGUUCUUGAAAGCAAUUGACAGAUUCAAUGAUCUAGUGGUGUCAGUAUACGUUACUGCUGGUCAUACACGACUUAUGCUACUUCAUGACUCCCGAAAUGAAGAUGGAAUAAAAAGCUUCUUCCAAGAAGUCCACGAGCUAUAUAUAAAGGUUCUUCUCAAUCCUCUUUAUCUACCUGGUUCUCGCAUUACAUCAUCACAUUUUGAUACAAAAGUUCGAGCCCUUGCACGAAAAUAUCUAUGAGACCACCUGAUUCCUGCUGGAAAAGGGCGCUCAUCAGAGGUGGGUAAGCAGAUGGUGCAGGAUGGUUGUUAUGGGGUUUUUUGUUGGUUUGGUUUGGAGGUUUACUGGAAUUCACUAAUUUGGUUGUCAAGGAGGCGGAUGUGCUCAACAUGAUUUUGGUUACAUGAUAGUGACAUUUGAGGUUUGCAGUGGCACAUAUCCAAUUCCACUACUCUUAUUGCAUAUAGAACCAAACUUUUAUUAUUAUUCAUACACAGUUCUCAAUUGGCAUAAGUAAUCACUUGGCCUGGCCUUCUGCUUUCCAUCACCUAAUUGUUAGUACAUUGAUGGACGUAUUUGGAAAUUGAUUUGAUGCACCACCAGUUGGUA